AUGAGAUUUAUUCUGAUAAUAUUCCUGCUAUUGUUCGUUGAUCGUCUGAAUUCAAAAGAUAUUGCAGGUUGGUUCAACUCAGAAGAAGAUUUCACAGAAUCGUCGGUUAUCAGUGAUUCAAUGUCGCAGUCAACUGACAGUAGAUCAACAGAAGAAACAUCGAUCGCCAUUGAUUCGACGUCAGAGUCAGCUGUCAGUGAUUCAACAAAAGAGUCGUCGACUGCCACGGCUUUGACGUCAGAUUCAGCUGCCAGUGAUUCAACAAAAGAGUCGUCGACUGCCACGGCUUUGACAUCAGAGUCGGCUGUCAGUGAUUCAACAAAAGAGUCGUUGAUUGCCACCGAUUUUACAGCAGAGUCGACUAUUAAUGAUUUAUUAAUAAUUCAAGAGUAUAAAGCUUUAUUAGCUCGGGCUCGUUUACGUGAAGCUGAACGACGUUAUGAUGAAAUGGUACAGCUGUCGGCCGCCAGUGGAUCGAAAAACUGGUACUUAAAUGUUAUGUCGUCUGAAGUUAUUCCUUCAUAUAAAAAUGGCUACGUUGUAUUACAACAAAAAAUUUUAAACCCAUUAAUUCAUGCUAAUAUCAAAGAAUUAAAAAGAAGCAAUAAAGCCCGUGUUGCAUUAGCGAAAAAUAUUCAUUGUGAAGCAAUAAAUGUAAAGGAUGGUCUUGACACAGCAUUGACCAUUAGUCAACAAAUAAAUCAAAUAUUGAAGAACAAAUUUUCUCAAACAGUAUUAGAUACCGACGAAAAAGAAAAAGAGAUAGUUCAGCUUGAGGCGAAGAUACGUAACACAAAUGACGGUAUUUCAGAAACUGCACAUCAGUUGUCACAAGCUGAAACAAAUGUUCGUCAGAAAGAGCAUGAUGUUAAUGUAGCUGUCAAUAAUAUAAGGCAGGCGAACGAUGAUGUUGACAAUGCAAAACACUGUAUUAAUAAACGUGAUUUUUUUAAAGAAUUGGCGCGACCGUUUAAAUGGGUCGUUGAGAAACCGCUUACAUGGGUCGUUAAGAAACCGCUUACAUGGGCAGCUGAAAAUAUCGUUGUACGUCCAAUUUGUAGCGUAUUCAAUUCUGGUGGCAUCAGGAUUGCAAAAGACAGACGUACUAGAGCUGAUAAUGAAUUGUCACUGGCACAAACAACUGUCGGACGCUACCGCCAACAAUUAAAUGAUCUUCAAAUACAAAAAACUACUUUUUAUGCAAAGUUAAACAACUUGAACGUUCGACUAGAGCGUCUGAGAUUAAUUCGCGAAGAGAUAAAAAAAGAACAAAGUCAUACAUCAAUGAUAACUGUUCAACUGAAUAAAGCUGUAGUUCAUCUUGGAGCUAUGAACGGGCGAUCUGAUACACUAGUUAAUGUACUAAAACGUAUGGUUGAAUUUGUGGAUGUUAUUACACCAUUAAAUGAUGUUUACGACGAAAUGUUAAAGAGUAAAAUAAUGUCAGAAUUUCCAGGUGGACAAAUUUCUGCUAAUACCAUUCAACAGGUGAAAACUAGUGUCGAUCAGUUGUCAGGUAUUCUACAGAUCAUACCAUGGGUGGACAUUAUAGAAGACAAUGUAUGUGCACAUCGAGUUUCAAGAUAA